CACCCAACGACAACUAAAACAAAAAAACAAAAACAAAAAAGGAGAUAAUGUUGGCCUUAAUAAAAGUUUUCUAGAUUCCUUUUCAACUUAUCUUUAAGACACUCCCACAAAACUCUUCAAAACAAACUGUCACUCACACUAAACCUACUUCCCAUGUGAAUCAAAAUAAAGCAUAAAAAAAUAGAGAACCAAAGUCCCAUUGGACAAACCUGCAAAUCCGUUCAUCUUUAAAUCAACAAUCUCAAAUUUAAACGUUACUCACCUUUUUCUUCUUCUUUUUAUCACGAUUCCAUGAACAACAUUCUCUCUUCACCUUCAUCGUGUUGUUCCAUCAUCACUCUCUCUUCCCAACACGAUGAUCACCACUACUGCUACUACUACUCUUUCCUUGUUCCUCUCUCUACUUCUUCUUUCUUGUUUUCUCCAAGUUUCUUCCAAUGGAGAUGCUGAGAUUUUGAGCCGUGUUAAAAGGACCAGACUUUUUGACCCGGAUGGAAAUUUGCAAGAUUGGGUCGUAACCGGAGACAAUCGUAGUCCGUGUAACUGGACUGGUAUCACAUGCGACAUCAUCAAAAACAGUAGCUCCGUCACAGCCAUAGACCUCUCCGGCUUUAAUAUCUCCGGUGGUUUUCCUUACGGAUUCUGCCGUAUUCGUACACUCAUCAACAUCACUCUUUCUCAAAACAAUCUAAACGGUACGAUUGAUUCUGCUCCUCUCUCCCUCUGUUCUAAACUUCAGGUUUUGAUCCUCAAUGUUAACAACUUCUCCGGUAUAUUACCUGAGUUCUCGCCGGAGUUUCGUAAUCUACAAGUUCUUGAAUUGGAAUCAAACAUGUUCACCGGCAAGAUUCCUGAAAGUUACGGAAGAUUAACUUCUCUCCAAGUUCUCAACCUUAAUGGCAACCCGCUCAGUGGAACCGUUCCUGCAUUUUUGGGUAAUCUGACUGAGUUGACUCGUCUUGAUCUCGCUUAUAUCAGCUUCAAGCCUGGUCCAAUCCCAUCCAUCUUUGGGAACUUGAAGAAGCUGAGUGAUCUACGGCUAACUCAAUCGAACCUCGUCGGAGAAAUUCCCCAUUCGAUCAUGAAUCUGGUGUUGCUAGAGAAUCUCGAUUUAGCUAUGAACGGUCUCACCGGAGAAAUACCUGACAGCAUCGGAAGACUCAAAUCGGUUUAUCAGAUUGAGCUAUUCGGUAACCAGUUAUCUGGAAAAUUGCCGGAGAGUAUCGGAAAUUUAACCGAAUUGAGGAACUUUGAUGUCUCUCAGAAUAAUCUCACCGGUGAAUUGCCGGAAAAAAUCGCUGCUCUGCAACUAAUCUCAUUCAAUCUCAACGAUAACUUCUUCACCGGAGGAUUACCAGAUGUCGUAGCUCUGAAUCCUAAUCUCGUCGAGUUCAAGAUCUUCAACAACAGCUUCACCGGUACGUUACCUAGGAAUUUCGGAAAAUUCUCCGGUAUAUCUGAAUUCGAUGUCUCCACGAACAAAUUCUCCGGCGAAUUGCCGCCGUAUCUCUGCUACAGAAGAAAGCUUCUGAGGUUAAUCAGCUUCAGAAAUCAAUUGAGCGGGAAAAUUCCGGAAUCUUACGGCGAUUGUAAGUCGCUUACUUACAUUCGUAUGGCGGAUAACAAACUAUCCGGCGAAGUUCCGGUUAGGCUUUGGGAACUUCCUCUUACUCGUCUCGAGCUAGCCAACAACAAUCAAUUAGAAGGUUCGAUUUCUCCUUCGAUAUCCAAUGUUAGUCAUCUGUCUCAGCUCGAAAUCUCCGGUAACAACUUCUCCGGUGCGAUUCCCCACAAUAUCUGUGAUCUCGGAGAUCUCAGAGUCAUCGAUCUUAGCCGAAACCGCUUCUCAGGAUCUCUUCCGAGUUGCAUUAACAAAUUGAAGGAUCUAGAAAGACUGGAGAUGCAGGAGAACAUGCUCGACGGCGAGAUUCCGAGUUCGGUGAGUUCGUGCACCCAAUUAACCGAGUUGAAUCUCUCGAACAACCGUUUACGCGGCGGAAUACCACAAGAACUCGGUGAUUUACCGGUUUUGAACUACCUAGAUCUCUCCAAUAACCAACUCACCGGUGAGAUUCCGUCGGAGCUGUUGAAGCUGAAGCUUAAUCAGUUCAACAUCUCCGAUAACAAACUCUACGGUAAGAUCCCUUCGGGAUUUCAGCAGGAUAUUUUUCGAUCGGGGUUAUUGGGUAACCCGAAUCUAUGUGGCCCGAAUAUGGAUCCGAUACGACCAUGCCGAACCAAACCGGGAACUCGGUACAUCCUCGCGAUCACAAUCCUUUGCAUCGUUGUACUAACCGGAGCUUUGGUUUGUCUAUUCAUCAAAACCAAAUCGUUGUUCAAGAGAAAACCGAAACAGACCAAUAAAAUAACCAUUUUUCAACGGGUCGAGUUCACGGAGGAAGACAUAUACCCGCAAUUAACGGAAGACAACAUGAUCGGGUCGGGCGGAUCGGGUUUGGUUUACAGAGUAAAACUCAAGUCAGGUCAGACGCUCGCGGUGAAGAAACUCUGGGGAGGAGCGGGUCAGAAACCUAAAUCCGAAUCCCUUUUCAGAUCCGAGGUAGAGAUUCUGGGUCGGGUCAGACAUGGAAACAUCGUGAAGCUUCUUAUGUGCUGCAACGGCGAAGAGUUUCGGUUUUUAGUGUAUGAGUUCAUGGAAAACGGAAGCUUGGGUGACGUUUUGCAUUCAAAGAAAGAACAUUCUGCCGUUUCUUCACUUGACUGGACGACACGGUUUUCGAUCGCGGUUGGUGCUGCUCAAGGACUUGCUUAUCUACAUCAUGACUCUGUUCCGCCGAUUGUUCACCGUGACGUUAAAAGCAAUAACAUAUUGUUGGACCAUGAGAUGAAGCCACGUGUCGCCGAUUUCGGUUUAGCUAAAACGUUGAAGAGAAAAGACAAUGAUGGUGUCUCCGAUGUUUCUACGAUGUCUUGUGUUGCUGGAUCAUACGGCUACAUUGCUCCUGAAUAUGGUUAUACGUCAAAAGUGAAUGAAAAGAGUGAUGUCUAUAGCUUUGGGGUGGUCUUACUCGAAUUGAUAACCGGAAAAAGACCGAACGAUUCGUCUUUUGGGGAGAAUAAGGACAUUGUCAAGUUUGCAAUGGAAGCAGCUUUGUGUUACUGUUUUUCGUCACCAGAAGAUGGAGCCAUGAAUCAAGAUUCACCACCUGGAAAUUAUCGAGAUCUUAGGAAGCUUGUGGAUCCAAAGAUGAAACUUUCGACUAGAGAAUAUGAAGAGAUAGAGAAAGUUCUUGACGUUGCAUUGCUCUGUACGUCAUCAUUUCCGAUUAACAGGCCGACCAUGAGGAAAGUAGUAGAGUUGCUCAAAGAGAAGAAAUCACUCGAGUGACUUUGCUUAUCUUUGUCUGAUUUUAAUCCGUAGGCUUGUCUUAUGUACAAAAUUCGAUUAUCUAGGUUGGACGUUGCUUUAAAAUUUGGGCUUUUUCCUAUAAAAACUAAUGAAAACUUUAUUUUUUUCUUUGUUA